AUGUCCACAUUUUUUGACCAAUUCAAGACCUCUUUCACCAAUGCUCCAGUGGACAGUUCCGGCAAUAUUUCCACUACUGAGUUCCUGGAAGCAUCGGAAGGCUUGGUGAAGCUCUUUGAUCUUUUGGGAAACACAGCAUUCACCGUUGUGCAAAAAGAUUUGACUGGUAACAUCACCAAGCUUCGCAACAGACAAUUGUCGCACCCCGGUGAGUCUGCAACCCUGCAGGAGCUUGUGAUUGCAGAGCGUGCACAGGGCAGCAAGACUGCUUCGGAAGGGCUGCUGUGGCUCACCAGAGGCCUGCAAUUCACCGCGCAAGCUCUUAGAGAAACGCUAGACCAUCCAGAGCUCGAAUUGUCUAAGACAUUCACAGAUGCGUAUGGGAAGACGUUGACGAAGCACCAUGGUAUGCUUGUACGUCCGGUUUUCAAGCUGGCCAUGAAAGCUUGCCCCUACAGGAAGGACUUUUUUGCAAAACUAGGCAGCGACCAAGAGAAGGUUGACACGCAACUGAAGCAGUGGCUGGCUGCACUUGAAAAGAUCGUAGAGAUUCUGCUUCAGUUCCUUGCGCAAACGUGCAAGGAUUUAUGA